AUGCACGGCACGCAGCUCCUCAGCGGCCUCGCCGCCGCGCUCGCCCUCCUCCCACUCGCCGCCAACGCGGCGUGCAACGUGCACUUCUACUCCGAGUCCAACUGCCAGGGCACCUCGACCGCCUCGUGCGUCCCCGACUUCGCCGCGAACGAAGAAUGUACCUGGAACACGUGGGUCGGGUCGAUUUACUACGAAAGCUGCGGGGACGACGAGCUGCCGAGCUUUGUCGGCUGCAAUGGCGACCCGGGCGCCUGCCACAAUGCCUGGAGUCUGGGCGUGCCGGAUACGGCCAGUGGAUGCGUGGAGAUUGGGACCUACGACGGGAAGGUGACCACCUACGACGUCAACGACCCGACCUGCGUGGACUGUAUAGGAAGCGGUGCGAGGGUUACGGACGGAGACCAAGGCGGCAGAUCGAUGGGUGGCGAUGCACGGGAUCGGGAGGGAUGCAGUGACAGGUUCAGGUUGGCGGAUGAUGUGCAGGGUGGAUGA